AUGCUGCCGUUCUACGUUCGCCACGAGGUCUCGGAAACACCCACAACCGACAAAUUGGUAUUGAUCUCGACAUUCGUAAAAUUUCUCAGAGUCAUUCCUCUUUCCCUUCCGCAUAGCAUUACCCUAACUUACCAACAUCUUUCACAUACUCCUAUGAUACCUUCCGAAGAAGCAAACGCUGCCCUCAAUGAUACUUUGACAGAUGUUCAAUCCCUCAUCAAACGAUGUAUGAAGUUAAAAGAAGGCGAUUCAGCGACGGCGUUGGCAUUGUCGGAUGAGAUUGCGAGGCGCUUGGCAAAAGAUUUAAAACUCUAUGGAGGGAGCGCAACAUUGUUCUCUCCACAGCUGCUGUCAUGCGCAGUGGUCGUACGGCAGUACACUAAAGGUGGCAUGUUUACAUCGUCGCCGGACUGGACAACCGUCGGCGACAAUGACCCACGCAUCAAGGAUCAUCCACGUUUCCAGAAGACUAUACAUUAUCGAGCUCCUACCGGUUCCGAAAAGACGGAACAUGAACUUGCCUCUCUCGCCCAGACGGAUGUACCACAAGCUGUCGUAUCAUUUCCAUCACUUGACGGUCUGGAAGGCAGUCCCAGGGCUGAUAUCCAGACUCCUGUAAAGCUUCUCCCCAGCACGGAGAAACCUCAACAUGCGAAUUCCUUGGAAACUGUUGGUGCUGCGGCACCUCAUUCUCCCCCGCUAACUUUAACGAAGGCCUCGGAACCGAUCACGGCUCUGCCCAUGUCAACGGCGCCCGCGAGGACGCCGGAGAAGACUGUUUUGACCCCCCCGCCAACUUUAACAAAGACCAUGGAACAGCUCAUUCCGGUGCCCACAUCAACGGCGCCAGCGAGGACGCCGGAGACGACUGUGCUGACUCCCUCACCAACUUUCACAAAGGCCUUAGAACCUCUCACUCCUCUGCCCAUAUCAAUUGCGCCCGCGAAGUCACCGGAGCAGUCUGUUGUGACUUGGGACCCAAAGACACGGGAGCAGACUCACAGACAACAUCGUAAUGAUAAAAAAAGGCAAGUGGAAGAUGAUGUCGCCGACGAAACGGAUAUCAUACAUAGGCCUGCCCCGCGUCCGUUAUCCCGGCAACCAAAAAGGAAGAAGAAGUUUAUGUCAGAUGAGGAAGAGGAGGCCCAGCCCCAUGGAACUAUAUAUGUGGCACGGAAGCAUCACGCACAGCAGCACGUGUCAUCAUCGACGGCUAGUGCAGUUGCAACAGGGUCAAAUGCAAUGUCUUCCGACGUGGUCGGUGAUAAGGGUUUCUGGGAUGUAGACACCAGGCCUGCCGGAUGGGGUAGGGAUUCCACCAUUGCCACUGCGGCAGAGUAUUCCGUUCGUCACCACCCCCGGAAGUGUGACAAAUGCGUGAAAUUAGAUGUACCUUGUAUCGUCCUCCCGGAUAAGAAGUACGGCUUCACAAGACUCGCAUGCGCGAACUGCGACGAGAUGAAGAUCACUUGCGCAAUCGAUGGUGUCGGUGUCCGGGAGAGGUUGCAGGCAAAGGCUAAGUCAACAGACACUGCUGUACACCUUCCCGCCAAACAUACUAAGACUCGAGCCCACAAGUUGCAGGCUGCCAAAUCACAGGCCAAACAUGUCCCGUCCAAGAAAGCACAACCAACAACUAGAUUCUCCCGUGCUGAGAAGAAGGUUGUACAUCAUUUGUUGGACGAUACAAUCACGGAACGACCGAUGGACCUCGUGAAAACACAUCCGGAUCCGCCAGCGAAACCCAACGUGCCGCAAUUGGAGCCUGCGUUGGCCCCGGCAACUGCCAAUUCAUCGACAUGCAUCCAGGAGACACAAGUCAGCUCAUCCGCACCCGGAAACCCACCGGAGCCUGAGCCAUCUGCAAGGGACAUAUUGCAUAGCAUACACGAUCUCGGCAAGCGUUUUGAUCUUCUUGCUACGAACGAGCGGGUGGACGCGAUCGACGAGAGGUUAGACUCGGUGGAGGAACGGCUUGAUGUCAGAUUGACUGUGCUGGAGCAACGGUUAAGCACAUCGGCCGAGCAGUGGAAAGCGACCUCGUCGACUGUGGGCAAUUUGUCCAUGAGCGUUCGGAAACAUAUAAACGAUGUUGCCGUUCAUCGGCAUCGGGAGCAUGUUGGUGGACGUAUAGCAUCACAACAAGACAAUGCGUCACAUCUGCCAUGGACAUUCCUGAAAUGCUGGUAG